CGAUUUCCAUCUCAAUAUGAACAUUCCUUUAUACGACUGGGGCAUAUAAGUGUAUACUAUCAUUAUUGCUCUUAGAUAUUGCAAGACACGCGAUCAUGGGGCCGCAAGACACACCAAAACUUAGUGAAUAUAGCACUGACGAACAGUCCCAGAACGUGCCCAUCGAGAUAUUGACAGGCCAGCAUCGAGACAUCUUUACUCGCGCAGUGGGGAACGUAUUAUCGACCGAAAUUGCACAAAUCACGUAUGCACAAAUAGCUGACGGCCUUCCACUGUCCAGUGUUGAGAAGGAUACUUAUGCCUUUCGGGCACUCACGUAUGACCACCCACUUCAUACGAAUCACAUAGAUCUCUGUCCUACGGCCUUGGAGAAAACCAGGGAGCUUUACGCCGAUUUUAAUCCUCACACAUUGUGUAUGGAUUGCAAGCUUAUUCAUGCAUAUCAAGCUGCGUCUCCAGGCUCGAGAGCAUUUCAGACACGACUGAUUGAGCUCAUUGCCGUGGCUAUACACCAGAUAGCAGUUCAAAUAUUCAAACUAGAUACCGGGUUGCAUAAAGAUGAUGGCAUUGCUUCUUGGACACCACCGAAGGAGAAUACCAUGUUCUGGCGGCGGAACCCAAACGACCCCCCACCGACGCUCUUCCGGCAUAGGUUUUACCGCGACUACGAUCAAUACCCAGAGGGAGUUGCGGAUGGAGUGGGAUACUGGGCUGAGGCACGUAUCUUGGGCGGGGUUGCACUUUUCGACAGGCGUAAACCAGAAUCAGUUCCCUCCAUUGGGCUAGAGCAUCUUCCCAGCAUUGAUCCUGACGCUAUUUACUUUCAUUCGAACCGGAAGCGAGUCACAUAUCGUAUCUAUGGGCUCCUAGAUUCCCAGAAGCAGCAGCUUCUUGACUUCCUCCUCUCUGAGGAGACCCCUCCAGCCUCAUGUCCCCUUCCUAUCCUUGGUGAUGAUGACAAUCGUCAACGGGUCGAUCCUGAAGAGCCAAUCGUAGACACUGGAAUUUACAGAGAUGAAUGGGAAAGAAAGCCACCACCACGGGAUAAACCGGAUGGCCGGGUUAGGGGCGUGAAGGAUGGUCUGAAUUAUCCAACCAUGGAUGAUUGGAAAGCAUCGCGCUCAAGGGGGUUCGAUAAAAAGGAAGAAAUGUACCGUCACCUUGAGGAAGACUCAGACCCUUGAAGAAUGACAAUACGGAUCAGAAACUUGGCGUUCGCGAGGUCUCACAUUAGAGAUUGAUAAAAGAUAAGACUAGCUUCUAACUUUAUAUACCCAGUGUUACAAUAUACAGACC